GGAGGAGGACCCAGCCACAAAGUUCAUCCGUCACCAAUACCAGAAGUCGAACAACUGCAACUAUUCAUGCACACGACUCAUUAUUAUUCUUGACGAAUAUCUUUCCGUCUGAUAUUGGUGUACACAAUCCUCUCGCUUCCAGUACUGUCCCUGGUGAUCUACCGGCAUACCUCGACGCCUCCCACCGUGCACCCGCCAACAUCUAGAGCACGCUUCCGCCUUGCGCAUUUCAGGCCACGAUGACUGCGGGACUCAAGACCAUUAUUGCUCUGUCUUUUGUUCUGGCCAUAGGCUUCCUCCUUGUGAUCCUUUCAGCUGCCUUGUUCCACAACUUCCUCACCCUACUUGUCGUUGCGACAUAUGUGUUAGCGCCACUACCGAACUGGAUUGCCUCAAGAUGUGCAAACCCAGAUGACUUUAUUGAGAGCAAUGCAAGCGCGUGGAUCGACCUUGGGAGGUUUGCGACAGGGUUUCUGUUUGUUAUGGGUAUCGCUCUUCCCGUGCUUCUAGCACACUGCGCCCUCAUCAAGAUCCCUGCAAUGAUCAUGUCCGUCGUUGGGGGCUUGCUGAUCUACGGCACGAUCAUUAGCUUUACACAGUUCUUCAAGGAGGAGCAGGACUUUUGAGAGACUCUAAGGCAAUCUACAUGCAUGGAAAGGCGUCGAAAUGUCUUGGACUAGGAGGGACCUGGGGCGGCAUCGAGGAGAUUGCUAUAGGCAGGACUGCUGGUCGGCCACCAUGAUCGAGCAGGGGGACUCGACUUCCUGUUAUAUCUGUAUCAACGAGCAUACUUGAAUAUGCAAACCGACAGUGGCCAUUUACGGAUCAACAGUAUUGGAGAAAUGGACCUUUAUGAUCAAGUGAUCAAUCUGCGACCACCUUCGACUUUCAUUGAGAAGCCAUUGAGCCGCCAGUGUACUCCAUCGUGCUCAAAUUGCUGCUGUGCUGGAUUGUCGCAGCUUAUGUCAUUGGGACAUG